CGGAACACAUGACGCCUUCCCAGGGCCACUAAGAACUGCCAUGUCCCCAACUAGCAUGCUGGGGACAAACUAUAGAUGUAAAUAUUUACCGUGUAACAAAAUAUGAAAAGAGGAAAGGAUGUGAAGAUCCCUCUAUUAUUUUUAUUUGCGCUAGGGGUGGGGGUAGGGGGCGUGAGUGUUACUCUGGACGAUUUGACGUCACGGUACCUAUGUGCGUCACAGUGUUUGACGUUCUCCUCGGACAGCCCGAACAUUUAUUCUCAGUACUCUGCAUACUGCGGACAACCAAAUCCACAGUUUUCUUACGGGUGUCAGAGUCAGGGCUGUGCUGGGUCAUGUAACUCCCUGAUUUUGAUUAUUCAUGAUAUCAGAAAAGCGGCAAGUAUUCCAUCACUCAGUGCGCAUUACGUAACAGGAACUGAUAUUUUGAUCACGUGGUCUUCACCAGCCACGCCCUAUUACACGCGCUACCUUCUGCAGAUAAAAUCUUACCGACAAUGGGUAUCCAUCGCUGAGAUAACCACAACAAGUUAUAGGUACCAUAACACUAACCCCUGUAACAACAUCACAUUCCGAGUGAUAGCCGUCAAUCAGUAUGGAACCAAAGGAUUCUCCAGCGCCUGGACUGUUACAGCUCCAAGUCCACCCUCUGCCCCACAGAAUGCACAGUUGAUGGAAGGCGCCAUGUUCUAUGUACCUAGAGCAAAAGAGUUCGCUGGGAUUUUACAGGUUGACGGAAUUCAAGACUGGAAUGCAGACGAGAUAGAGUACUACCAAUGGAGCACGCUGCCGACCGCCUACUGCCGAAACAUGAACAGUGUGGUACUGCCAAUAUUCGAUCCACUGGCUUCCUCUGAUGCUGUUUCUGGUAUACACUUCAGGACUGGGGUCCGAAUCCACGUCGACGGAUAUGGUUGUAUUUAUACUCUACAGGUUCGUGCAGUUUCCAAAUGUGGAGUGCCAGGACCAUACAACAACAUAACCAUUGACUUGUCAGAUUGCUCGAAAAUCCGCGAUUUUUACUGCCGCCCCAUCAGAGGGUCACGAUUCGACCCACCAGGAGGCGUAGAGAACGUCACUUUGAGGAUGGAUAUGAACCACCCCCAGGUAUGGUUAAAAGUUCAAUGGAAAAAGCCAUCAGACCUGGGAACUAUGGGAGUAAUAAAUCAUUACGUCAUGAGGUGGGGAAAGGUCACAAUGCCUGUGUUUUUACUGGACCAACCACACUACACCCAUGAACCACUCAAUACAACCUUAGCGAGCGACAUCGUCGAAUUCGGAAUUCAAGUCAAUGACGAGCCAGACGCAACCUAUGGGUUUCAGAUUAUGCCCAUUGCACCCACUCAAAUUGUACAACCAUAUGAAUAUGAUAUGUACCAAGUUUUCGCCAUUACCUUAAAAAAUCGCACAUCUUGUAGAAAUUCUAACAUGCAAGCGUCUAGAAUAUCUUGCGAUGAGGACGGAGUGUCUAUUAUACAAUUCAGCAACACUCUAGACAUCAAGUACGUCUGGCGCGUACCAAAUCACACUAAUCGACAAGAGUACAAUGACGAGGAAUUCUAUGAUAAGUAUGCUGUGCAGAUGGGGGAAGUGGUCCACGCACCGCCACCUGUCGGUCAACAGCUUACCAAUACUAAUGUUACCGUCGUGGAAUCGGUCUGUGAAACGAAAAAUACAACGGACCAUAAUAAUUACACAUUGUGUGCACCAGAAAGCGACGCCGUAGUUUUCCGCGAUCUGGAACCGGAAGUGAUGUAUGGAGUCAGGGUCAUUGGCUUAAAGGAUUCAGAGCCAUUGCCUACAGAAAAAAGAUGGCGAAUGAUCAAAAUCCACACCUUUACUUUGAAUGAAACAAUAGAGGAGGUCAACGUGACAUCUUCAUCAGAUAAAUUGAAAGACCACCAAGACGAGUUAAUCGCCAUUGCUGUUGUUUUGUCUACAGCCCUAUUUGUAGUUCUCUUUGUGUUGUGUUAUGCACUGAAGAGAAUGAAGCAGAAGAAAAUGUCAUCUUUAGAUAACCACCUUUUGUUUGGCGAAUCCAACCCCAACAACGCGUACAGUCAGAUUGAAAGGGCAAUGCUCACUGCAACUACUCUAACAGUUGUUGCUGACAAAUGGGAGAUACCACACAAUUGUGUUCGUAUCGGUCGGAUGCUGGGAAGCGGGGCAUUUGGUUAUGUUUUGAAGGGCCGUGUCAGUCGAAGCAUAUUACAACACAGGGGUAUCAAAAUACCGUUUGAUCCUGUGAAAAAGAAAUCAUAUGUGCCAGUGGCGGUCAAGUUGAUGCAAGAGGGAGCAUCAGAAACAAAGAAGGAAGAAUUUUUAAAGGAAAUUCGAAUAAUGAAGGGUAUUGGGUAUCACAGGAAUGUGAUAAGUAUGUUGGCCUGCUGUACAUUGAAUGACCCCAUCUGUCUGAUAGUGGAGCAUGCAGCACAAGGGGACAUGUUGUCUUAUCUCAGAAACAUAAGACAAAAUAUACAAAAGAGUAACGACAGCGCACAAUAUGUUAAUCAAGAAAUUGAGACAGUAGGCCCCCAGGAAUUGCUUUCCUUUGCCAGACAAAUUUCUACUGGAAUGGAGUUCCUCUCCCAGAAAGGUUAUAUCCAUCGUGAUUUGGCAGCAAGAAACAUAUUAGUGGACGGGAACAACUUAGUAAAAAUAGGUGACUUUGGUCUCACGCGUUACACGUUAGACAACAAAGUUUACGUAAAUCGGAAGGGUGGUCGGCUGCCCCUAAAAUGGAUGUCAAUUGAGGCCAUCAACGAACUGAUAUUUUCUUCUGCAAGCGAUGUAUGGUCAUUUGGUAUCCUGUUGUUUGAAAUUGUCACGCUUGGCGGAACACCAUACCCGACGAUCGACACGCGAGAUUUGUUAUUAGAACUGAAGAAUGGAUACAGAAUGGAACGUCCUGAUAACUGCUCAGAGGAAAUAUAUCAAAUCAUGCGUUCUUGUUGGCGGGAAGACCCAAACAGCAGACCAAGUUUUACCGAGCUCUGCAGAACGUUUGAUUCAAUGUUAGAAACAAGCUAUGGGGAACAUUAUAUCAAUUUUGAAUUUGAUGACAGCAAAAUAUACUAUCAGGUUCAUGAUGUCCUCAAUAGUCAGAAUACCACAACAGCAUCACUACCACAUUCAGAGUUAAACUGCUUUGAUAAUCGUGAAAAUACAAUUGAAGCGGACAUAAACACUCAAGAAAUUGUAAAUGACGUCGCAAGUCACGUGGAUGAUGCCUGUUUUACAAAGAAACAAAGUCCUCGAAACAGUUGUUCUUUAAAUGAUGUUACAGGGGUCCAAGAAGCAAAUGUCCAUGCAGAACCAAAAAUUGUUGAGAAUACAAACGAUUCUUGUCAUCCCACUUCUAGAACUGUGACAUUUUGUAGCUCUUUGAACGUGCCUGCAGUUCGGAAAAGAGUACAAGUGGGUUCACCCCACAUAAAUAAGAAAUAUUCUGUGUUUUCGGUACCUAAAGACAGUCAACAAUGUAGACACGAUCCGGUUUCUCCAAAAUCAAGUAGCAGUCCGGAUCUUGAAAGUUUACCAAGAAACAGCGCUAUGGAGUGUGACGCAGACGAAAGUAGCAUUGGUAGCACUUGUUCGAAAUGUUCAACGUCAUCAAAUGGAGAUGACGACGUGUUUUACCCAGAAAGUAACAGCAUAAUUAAAAAAGAACCAAAAACACCAAUAAAAUUUGCUGAUAGACCAAGGCGUUACCGUAACAAAACCAGAGAAGAUGCUCCCCACAAUUUGGUUACGAUGUUUUUAUCUGAUGACCUCCAAAACGAUUCUGGAGUGUCGACAUCGAGUGCUAAUGAACUGUUCGUACAGAGUGGACAAAUUUUUGUAUUUCCUCCGGACAAAAAUUGUCCCCAAAAGGCUGAGAAUGAGGACGAUCACGUGACGAAUUUAGCCUCCAGCGACUGGGAGGAUAAAAGUCUAUCCCAGGAAAUCGAAAACUCCACAGACACAUGUGUUUGGGACAGCGACGAACAGACAUUGGACACAUAUGUUUAAAGAUCUCUUCGAAUAACUUUUUCCUGAAAAAAUGGCAUUUUAUGAUAUUGAUUUUUUAAAUACUUGAAGUAUUAUCCAUUUUUGUUUUCGAUUGAUCAUUUCUUAGGUAUAAUAUACGAAAGUCAUGACCUUACCAUCAGGUAAAAAUGAGAAUGUUCAAUUGACUUUCAUUAGAUGUUUUUUUUAAAUCAUACAUUGUUAUCUAAUUUCUUGUCAUAAAAUAUUGACAGUUAGGCAUAAUCCAUUUUAAAAUAUCUCUCACUGUGCAAAUAUAGCAUUUGCCUAGUAAGGUAAAAAUACAACACUGGCGUGUUAUUUGCUACUGAUAACAUUCGGGAUGUUUCACGAUUAUCCGUUACACCCAAUGACAAAUACUAAUCAGAAUACGCGGAUUAAGACAAGACUUUGACGACUUUCACAUUUGAUACAAAUAGCAUUGAAGUAAUUCUGUUAGUUAAAAAUACAAGUCUUGUCACAGAAAUUGAUUUAUCUUGAUUUCCCGAUCCUAAAAUGAUAUACACAAAGAAAUCUGAAACAUUUCACACCAGCUGAUAAAAUUCUCGACCAAUGGCUGGAAAUAUCUCGUUGAGAAUAGAAGAAACUUCCUGCUAUUAAAGUCAUGAUUUCUUAUUUUAUAGAUUGAGCAUCAGAUAUUUGUCGCUAACACUUGAUUAUUGUUCAACAUCAAUACUUUAUAUAGGAUUGAGUUGGUUCUUUUCUUCUCUUACAUGUCAAUUACCAAUAAAAUCACUAUAUUUCUCACACUUAUUUGACAGUCAUGUUUUAGAUUUAUA